AUGAACGACUUCUAUGCCCAACUCAACUCUCUUCUCCCUUCUCAUAAUCCCAAGGAAGCCAUACCUCGGCGUGCUCAAAUAGGUGAAGCGAUGAAGUACAUAAAAAGCCUGGAGACAAAACUGAAGAUGGCGCAAGAGAAGAAGGAAAGGCUAUUCGAAAAGAAGAAAAAUCUUAGUGGCUGCACCUUGAAUGCUUCUGAAGCACAACCAAAAAUGGAGGUUCAUGAAACGGGUUCUGCGAUUCAAGUCAUUCUGACAUGUGGGAUCGAUAACAAUUUCAUUUUCUGUGAAAUUCUUCGGAUACUCAGCGAACUCAACGUGGAGGUCGUCACUGUCAAUUCUACAAUGGUGGGAGAUUCAAUGAUCCAUGCUGUGCAGGGUGAGGUUGCGCAAUCUAUGUUUCAAUUCGGAGAUAGCACAGUGAGCGAGAAGCUGAAAUGGUUUGUGAAUGGAUCCUUCAGCGAUAUGGAAAUAGAUCUUGGAUUGUGGGAUUCUGGAAUUGGUUUACCAUUGAUAACACCAGGGUGCUGCUUUCUGGAUCCAACCCUAGACACUGGUUUACCAUCGUAUCCCUGCUAA